AGAACGUCAUGACUUGUCCCAUACGACCAAUAGGUUCUGGCAAGGAACACUGCCCCUACGAUUGGCUUGCCGUCUAUGAUGGUCGCGAUGAGCAUUCGCCACUUAUUGGCAAAUUUUGUGGGCUGGGCAAAUUUCCGUUUAGCAUUAUUGGCACCUCGCAGUACAUGUACGUCGAGUUCGUCACCUCACCGGCAGGCCCGCUGCUCAAUACUGGUUUCCAUUUCAAUGUUGGCAAUUGGCCCGGUCACGUCGAGACAGCGGGCAUCAAGCAUGGCAUAUGCGAUUGGCUGCUCAGUUCCGACUCGCUGAAGGAUAGUAGUGCCAGUGAGGGCAUAUUUUUGAGUAUCGCUCAUUGGUAUCCGCCGAAUACGUCGUGCAGUUAUCACAUUAAAGGGCGAAUAGGCGAAAUUGUGCGGUUAUAUUUUCCAAGCUUCCGCAUAAAUCGCAUCGAGUCGCCGAUACUCAAGUACGACGGUGACUGCGGUGAAUCACUGACCAUUUACGAUUCAGAUCAUCCCGAUCCAGCGCGUAUUAUCAAAACCUUUUGCGAUACAUUCUCACGACCCAUGGAGAAAGUGGACUUCGUGAGUACUAGUCCUUCGUUGUACGUGCAAUUCGAUUCGAAAACGGGUUCCUAUAGUGGCUCAUCGCUCUAUUAUUGGGCACAUUAUGACUUCUUCAAUAAUACACGCUUCGGUGAUCCAGUGCCGAAUACGCUCUGCGAUGAAGUUAUGUAUGCCUGGAAACAUCCGGGUGGCAAAAUUCGCUCACCAAUGAAUUCUUUAAUCUUCAAACGCACCGGCGGGUCAGACGUACGCUGCCAAUAUAAGUUCGUGACUGAUCGUCGAUUAUAUGCACGCGCAGUAAUCGAAGUUACCUCAGUGUCAUUUAAGGAAUUGCCGUAUAAUAACAAUGCCUGCACGCGUUGUCAUGAAGAACGUGUUGACAAGCUGGUCAUUUGGGAGGAACGAGAGAAAUUCCAGAACAAUCUCGCCUGCUUCUGCGACAACAUACCGCGGGCUGUGCGCGUGAUAUCCUCAGCGGAUCAGAUGAACCUGGAAAUGAUCGUACAGGGUCAACAUGCGAUCACGUCCUAUUUCAAGAAUCCCAAUCCACUAUUCGAGGCGUCUUAUGAGUUUGCGCACGGUCCGCUAUGUGGUCCCAUAACAUUGGGGCCCUCGCCUGAUGGUGAAUUGGUGUUUCCGUAUAAGAAAGCAUUGGCGAUGGCGGCAGGCCCAAUGGCCGCCGUGCCUGAGCAUCAUUAUCGUCGCGAAAAGUGCAUUUGGGAACUGAAAGUAGCGGCACAACGCGAUCUAUGGUUAAAUUUGGAAAAGGCGCGCUUCGGAGAUCGCACCUGUGAGAGCGCUAAAAUUGAGGUAUAUCUCGCCGGGCGUCUCGAACCUCGCUUUAUAAUGUGCCCGGAAAACAUUUCUUUGGCACGUGAUCUGCCUAUACUCUCCGCUGCGGAUCUGGGUGCUCUCGGUCCCGAUCAAGAACCACUACCGGUCUUGAUUCAAUACACCGGCGACGGGCAGCCGGGUAAAAAUGCCUUCCGUUUAGUUUGGACCGAACUGUUCCAUUUGCCACGCAAUCCCGACGGUAGUUUGGCAUCGUCAUUGCUGCAGGAUGGCGGCUGUGAUUUCCGUUGUCCCGGCGAUACAGAGGUCUGCAUACCGCGCCGCCUGCUAUGUAACGGUGUUGACAAUUGUCCGAAUGUGACGCACAUCUCGACGAUGGCUCAACUAACGCGGCACAUUGAGUGGAAUUUGGAGCAACUCGGUCUGCUGCAUCGCGCACACGCUUACAAAGAUCUAGUGUUGCAUGACGAGUCCCCGGAAAUUUGCCUGCGUCAAGAGCUAAACGAGUUGCCAUAUGGCAAACUGAUAUUGAUCACAUUAGGUCUGAGUUUAUUGCUGACGCUGUUCGUGGCGAUAUUAUGCCGCAUGUGUCGGGGGCCUGGCCACGCCUAUCACAGCAGAUACUAGAGGUACGAGUGUUGGUUGCAUGGCAAACCGCUAGGCGCACAAGUGUAGCAGUUGUGUGCAGCGAGGCAGGUACAGCGCGAGCAGUAUGAUUCUGUUCAUUGGCGGUAGUAUAGAAAACUUAUGCUGUCGUGCCAAGGAAGCAAACUGCUUUGGAGUUAAUGAACAAAACAUAUAUUUUUAGUGUGACAGUGUGCUAGAUAACCACACAUAUAUGUAUAUGAAAUUUUUUAUUUGUUUUUCGUUUUUUUUUUACAUUUAAGUAUUGUACCUUUUUGGAAUACCCACUGAGCGAAAAAUAGUUGCCUGCUAAGUAGUCAUUGCGGGACAUUAAAUUAAUAAACAUAUUCUAAUUGUAAUAGAUAUACAUAGGCGAAUAAACAAAUAAGUCGAGGUUGGACUUUUAUAUUUGCACCCCCAGUUUCGUUGGAAUUGAAGUGUGUAAACCAAAAGCCAGGUUAAAAUGACAUAAGGCCUUUGACUCUUAUAUAUGCACACCUCUGGCAUAUGAUCUGUAGGCAUUUGGUGGGUUAUCGUUUACAGUUGUAGGCCUUAGUAAUAACGGUUUAUUUUUCACCAAAGUUAAAUCUUUUAUAUAUAAAAGUUAGUAUGAUUUUACUGAUAUCGGUAAUAUAGUAGAUUUUCAUCAUUGAAGACUCACAAAAGCUCGAGCAAUUUGAUAAGUUAUACAAAAAUUCGGAAAUUGUAAUUUUGGAGUGCCGAUUUCUGUUUUGUCUGAUGUCUUCAUCGGAAACACCAUGAGGCAACUUUAAUGCAUUCGCAUGAAUAUCUAAACAUUUCAUUUAGUUUACUUGUCAUUAAAAGUUUAACCAGCUGUUUAUCAGUGGUACUUCGUUCCUCUAUUUAUUGUGUCGAAGUCUACCAUGUCAUAAUAGUUUCCAUAAACCACUUCUAGCUCGAAGAGUCUAACUUUGAAAAACUAUAACUGUGUUCUUAGGUAAUUCAACCAUACUAAGUAACUACCCACAGUCUAGCACAAAUAGCAUAUUUGCCCUAAAAUAAUGGGCGUUGUAAGUAAUCAAUUAAAACCGAGUUAUCCGCAAAAUGCAGUGUUCUCAAUAAGUAUUGGUCUACACAAGUUUAUAUUAUUAAUUUACCGUCUUUGACAUAUUGAACUGCCAAUGACGCACAGAAGUUUGUGAUUUUUAAUAGACCACAAUAAAUAUUUUGAUAUUAUGAAGAAAUUAGCAUUUAAUAUUAAUUAAUUGUUUUGAUAAGUGAAGGAAAGAACUACAACAUUAACUUAGAUUCAUUGUAGAGAUAUAUAAUUAAUAAAAGAUAAUAAUAACUCUUUUUAACACUUUUAAUUAUAGCAUAUUUGUGCUUUCUGUCUUAUUAUUUUCUUUAUUUAAGCCAAUCAAGCCGGUGAUACACCUUGUACCAUAAAUUUGCACGUCCGUUGGUUAGACUUUGUCUGAAUAUGAUAUUAUUCAUAUCGAAAGACAUUAGAACACUCGUAUCAACAAUUUCAUUGAAACCUGUUCUAUUACUUUGUCUACAACAAGAGUCGUAAAUUUUGUUUAUUUUGUACCCUGGUUAGGUUAACUUAGAACAGGUGCGCUUCUAUCGCAGAAACUCACUUAUAAUAUAUAUAAUAAAAAAAUAUAAUAAUGUUGGCUCUCUGUAAGGAAAAUAUGUCACAGUGUGUUAGGAAAUGAGGAAAAAUAACCAUAAUAUUUAUUUACGUACAGUUGAUUUUAGAAAGAGCAAUACCAUCUAUGGUUUCAUAUAUUUAUUUCCGGCAUCUCGAUUUAUGAUUGAGUACAUAAUCACGACAAUCAUGUUCGGGUGACUAUUUGUUUCGAAUGAUAACGAAAUUUACUCCCAAUACAUACUCUUAAAACCUAAAAAAAAUGGAUGAAAUUCGAAAAAAUGGGUGAAAACAUUCAGAUUGAACCAUCUUUGCUUAUAAUCGUAAAGAAGAAUGAUACAUAUGCUGUCUGUUGAGCACAUCGAAAGGUUAGUUUUAUCCAUAAUCAAAAUAAACUCAUUUAUAGGUUAUACCUUGCAAGGUGCGAACCGGUUGUUUUAAAAAUUAUUAUAUAUUUUUGUAUUAUAUUAUUUUUAUUUCUUCUAUCACUCAUCAGCCAGUGCAGAUAUAUAAAAAAGUCUCUGAAACUUUAAAUCCUAAUCUGGAAUUUAUUUUCUGUGCUUUGCUUUUUUUGUACACUCAAAAUCGCUAGUUUUCUAUUAAAAGUUCUCUCUGUUUUAAAAAAUGUACGUUUGCAGGAGAAAAUUUGCCUGAGAAAUUAUAUGCCCAAAACUAAACACACUCAAUUCGGGAAUUGAAAGUAUGAAACCAAAUUCUGAAUUGAGAAUAAAAUUGUAAAAACCCCACUAGAAUUAUAUGAAAAUAAAAAGCAAAGGAGAAGAACAGAAAUAUAUAGUUAUAGUCACUAAGUGGUAUAUAAAAUAUAUUACGAUUAAAAUGUAAGCAAAAACAAAAACAAUUAAACGAGCACACAAGGAACAUAAGAAAAAAAUCAUAAAUAAAAUAAAUUGCAUAAUAAAAGGAUUGAUAAUUGAAAAGUAAUUAUAAAAGUAAAAAAAAUGUAUAGUAUAUAUAUACAAGAACAUAUAUAAUGUAUUCUUUUAGAAUCACUAUGUAAAAUUAGUAAUAAAAUGAUUUCAAACAAAUUAAAAAUUA